AUCUGAUUAGCUGAGUCAUUCUUAACAUCCUGUUGGUCGUUAUUGAGGUGCUAGUGGAAUGUGCAGGGGAGAUGGAUGCAAGUCAUGAGAUUAAACUUAGCAGCGGCCCACCACCAGCUGGUUACAAGAGCUUGGAGGGCUUAUCUAAGUUGACUGUGGAUGACACAUUAACUGAAGGCCAAAAUGGAAACUUUACGAAAGAGAACCAGAACACAGGUUUCCUGCAGGUUUGUCCGGCCCCAUAUGCCCAUCCUUUGGUGCCCCUGAAACAGCUAGGCUCUGGGAGCCAGACUUCUAACCUGGCUGAUCUAAGCCUGUCCUCCUUCAGAGAGACAGAUAAGGACCCACUGUCUGGGGGUCCCCGUAAAUUUGGCCCCUGGCAGAAUGCAAUCAUUCCCCUCUAUGCUGCCUCCCUCAUCACUGCCAUAGCAAUCACCACCGCUUUGGUGCUGCAGAUUUAUCUGGGGGAUAAUAAGCAGGUCUAUAGAGAAAGUGUUUUGGUGACGGAUCAAAAACACUGUACUGAGCUUGGUCAGAGAGUGUUGAAAGAUCAGGGCUCCAGUGUGGACUGUGCCGUUUUUGCUGCUCUGUGCCUGGGCAUAGUCCAACCACACAUGUCAGGAAUUGGAGGCGGAGGGGUGAUGCUGCUCUAUGACACUCAAAAGAAUGUCGGGAUGGUGAUCAAUUUCCAGGAAACAGCCCCAUCUGGAAUCCUGGAGGAGAUGAUGCAAAAUGACCUAGACCUAAAGCCAGGUCUGCUUGUCGGUGUGCCGGGCUUGCUCAGAGGGUUGCACCAAGCCCAUAAACUGUAUGGAAGAAUGUCAUGGGAGGAAGUUGUCGCCCGAGCAGCCAGUGUUGCAAAGGAGGGCUUUAAUGUGUCUCACAGCCUUGCAGAGGCCAUAACCAAGGUGAAAGGUCAGAAUAUGUCGCUCCGCUUCAGGGACAUGUUCUUCCCCGGAGGUCGUGCUCUGCUCCCUGGCUCUAUUCUAAAAGCACCUGGUCUGGCUGCUGUCCUGGAGGCUGGGGUGUCUGAAUUUUACAGUGGAAAUUUAACACAGGAAAUGGCCAGCGAGGUGCAAGCUAAUGGAGGAGUUCUAACCCAGGAAGACCUCAGCAACUACAGCGCCCUUGUAGAGCAGCCAAUGGAAGGCUUGUAUCAGGGAUUUCGAGUUCUAGUGCCACCUCCGCCUUCAGUCGGCGCUGCUCUCAUCUCAGCCCUCAACAUUUUGGAGGACUUCCACCUUGCUGAGAAUGACACACAUAGUGCCCACCACUGGAUUGCUGAGUCCCUGAAAGCUGCCCUGGCUAUGGCUAGUGGGCUAGGAGACCCUAGGUAUACAACCUCAGUCUCUGAGCUCGUCUCAAAGAUGCUAAGCAAGCCACAGGCUGCAGUGCUCCGUGCAUUGGUCAAUGACUCCCACGCGUCUCCUCCCAGUCACUACUCUAGUGUCUAUGAUGGGCAAAGUGGAGCUGUGGCUAGCCAGGUGGUGGUCAUGGGUUCUGAUGACAUCAUCGUGUCUGUCACAAGUUCGCUGAACAGGCCCUUUGGAAGUAGAAUUGUAACCCCUUCAGGUAUUCUCCUAAACAGUCAGAUCCUGGACUUCUCCUGGACAAAUAAAACCAAGGGAUCUCUAACAUCCAAUCUGAGAAACCGGGUCCAGCCAGGCAAGCGGCCUAUGUCAUCUAACAUAGCCACGAUUGUGUUACCGUCUCUGGAUAAAUGUGGGAAGUAUGUUGCCCUGGGAUCUUCUAACGGAGACCACGGCCUCAGUGGCAUCGCUCAGGUCUUGAUGCAUGUUUUAAUACAUCACAAAAAUCUGAAUGAUAGUAUAUCCCUGGGACGACUCCAUCCCCAGCUUCAGCCGAGCAGCCUCCUGGUGGAUUCCGAGUUCCUGGAGGAGGACGUUGUGGUGCUGCGUCUGAAAGGACACUCUGUCCACAGGGUGGCAGUGUUGUCCCUGCUGCAGGGUGCCCAACGAACCAACGACAUCAUCAGGGGCAUGGUUGACCCUCGUGCUGCGGAUGACUCUGCCUAGUCUUCUGACAAUAUGGCUGUAUUUCAAAGUGACCAUGAAGAGUAAUGUCUCAGAUGUAUGGUUAUUAAAUUGAUAAUGACAUUUUAUUUCCCAGUGUGAUUUCACAAGUGUUAAGGCGGCGCUAAUGGAAAGGCAGCAGACGUGGAUGUCGUACCAGAUCAUGAAUGUACCACAGUAAUCUAUAGAAUUAGCCUAAGUUGCAAUGGUUUUGUUGUAGUUUUGGCAGAACUGAAUAAAUCUAAUUUGACCUGAGAUCAUAUCUACCUCCAACCUAUCUUUCAAUCUCUUUAGAAUGUCACAGCGGUUUGAUUGGGUGAAGAUAAGACAACCACGUGCUGUAUCAUUAGGAAUGCACAUCACAUGUUUCACUGCUGAAUGCCAGAAACACUCAGACGUCACUGAAACCUGCUCAUAAGAAUGGAACCUGGUCAUGAGUGUGUUGUGGGAUUGGUUUGAAAUUGCAAAACACAAACUGGUCACUUGAUCUUAUUCAAGAUGUCAGUGUCAACACUUCUAAGUCAUGUGUCUGUUUUGGUUGUUGCUUUUGCUCUUUAUGUUUAAAAUGAGUCUCAAAGUAACCAAAAGUAAUCCGGUGUUUGCAUACAUUCAUACUCUACUACAAACCAGGACUGCUUUCCUGUAUUGAAUGUGUGUGAGUUGUUACUGGCAUAAGGAAUGUUAAGCCACUCCAUGCUGCCCUGAAAAGACAUGCUCAACAUAAGUCAAUCAGAAAAGUUUAAGAACAGAAGAUUUGGUGUGAUUGCUGGCAUUUUUAUACCAAUGCUACAGGAAUAUGUGCUCCAGGGACUGUGGCUAGAAUGCAAAACUCUAGGUUUCUUACUUCCUAAUCUGUGUCCUUUAGCUUAUACUUUCUGAACUGCAACAAUAUUCGAAUGAGCUCCUAAUUCAUUGUAAUGCCAUUGGUUGGAGUAGAGAAACCCAUUGUAGAAUGUCUCUGAUAUGUCUUUAUCUCUGUGAUAAUGUAACUGGUCGGACAUUUUCAACACAAAUGUUUCUCAAAAAACUAGAAGUACAUUUCUUCUUAAUCUUUUAAACACAAAAGACUCAUGUUUGGUGUUGAUGUUUGUUCUGUGUGUGCACUUGAUUAAUAAAAAU